GACACGGUCUCCGACGGCAGCAGCUACAGUCCUCGAAUGACCAUGUCGCAGGAGACGAGCGAAGAGGUGGCGCGAAAGUUGCUGGAGCGCGAGUUACGGCUGUUCGAUUUGAUCGACCCGCGGGACCUGCGCUCGUACGCCUGGUACCACGGGAGCACGCUGCCCGGGGGCCGCAAGGGCGCUGAGGCCGAGAUACCCUGUGACGGCGACUUUCUCGUACGAGACUGUACGAGCCAGCCGGGAAAUAGCUACGUACUCAGCGUCAGGCACAAGGGUCAGCCCCUUCACUUUGUCAUCAACAAGCUGGUUCUACAACCAAACACGGUGUACGAGCGCGUGCAGUAUCAAUUCGAGGACGAGCCCUUCGACACGGUUGCAGACCUAAUAACCUUCUACGUGGGCAGUAAGCGGCCCAUCAGCCAGGCCAGCGGUGCCCGCAUCGUCCAUCCAAGGCCCCGUCGGCUGCCCCUCUCCGUAACCUCUGCUUCCAACUGUUUCGGUUUCCCCAGGGCAAGCUCGUCCACAUCCUCCUCCUCCUCCUCCUCCUCCUCCUCCUCCUCUACCAUAUCAACGGCGAUACGCUCGCCACCCCGGGUGCCCCGCAAAAAGGAGCGCAGCAACUCGUUGAGCGUUUGCCAGCAUUACCAGAGCCCACCCCCGCCCCAGCUGGUGCAUACCCUACACCGGGUGCAACAGUCGAGCACGUUGCCGAGGCUACCGGCGGCCCACCACCACCAUAAUCACCAGUUACCCACGGUCAGUUGUUCCCUGUCCCUGGGCCGUCAGCGAAUCACCAGGGUCGUGUCCGAUCCCGCGCUCAAGUUCCAGCAACUCCAGCUCCACCAUCACCACCAACAACUUUUACGGGCACCCGGGGAGGAGGAGGAGCCUCAUUAUCAGUCGCCUCGUAAUAACUCUCGGGUUCUCGAUGCCAGCGAGGAGCCACCGCCUAAACCACCAAGGGCGCCCCGGCAAAUGAAGCCACCCCUGCCCCAUCGACCGUUGACUACGGCUUCGGGCAGCGACAGCGGCAACGGCUCCGGGGACAGCGAAUUCGAGGCAAAUUGUUCCUCUUUUCAGCCGGCGAUGAAGGACAUCGUCGCGCGAAGCUGCCACAAUCAAGCGAAGCAGGCCCUCGGACUCGGCCAUCAUCUCGACAUCAAGCAGUGGGAGGAGCUCGAGCGCAAGAUCGUCAGCGAGACGACGGCCGUGCCUAGUAGCCUCGACAUACCCUCGGUCCUUGACGACGAGAACUUUGUCACCCUGCUGUUGCCCACUGCUGCCGAGCACAAGCCCCUCGAUGCCACCGCCCUCAGGGCCGUCACGGCCAUGCUAUACGAAACCGCCUCCCGAGUCGUGGCCGCUCACCUCACCAAGAUCGACGUGGACAUGCUUCUCAAGACGUACGUGGAGGGGGACGCGAGUAGCCUGCGCUGCGGCCUAGAGCUCCUGGCGAUGCCGCACGCCCGCCAGACUCGGCUGGACGUGAUUGAGCGCACCGAAUGCCUCAAGCUGCUUGUCGCGGUUACGAUACUUACUUGCUGCACGCCGGCCGAGCGGGCCUCGACAAUAGCGCGCUGGAUCCAGGUUGCCAUUGACACAAAGACCGCCCUCGGCAAUCUCUACGGUUUUGGUUCCAUAAUGCUCGCCCUCUGUCUACCUCAGGUACAAAGGCUUGCCGAGACCUGGCAUCUUCUCAGGCAAAAGCACACCGACGAGGCUUUUACCUUCGAGGCCAAGCUCAGGCCGACCCUUCGCGCCAUGAACGAGUGCACCGAUCCCCAGGCUCCCAACACUACCGUGCCCCACGUCCUGCCCAUAGCCCUCCUCAACGAACGCACCCACGACGAUGUCAGAGGUACAUAA